AUGGCCUCGCUCUCAGCGGUCUUCAUCUCGUCGGCAACACCGCCGUCUGAGCGCGUCGAGAUUGCCGCGCUCGCAAAGUGCGCCAUCGCCGCACUGGUAAGCUUCAAUUACUGGCUCAUCGUCGGUCACGCCGUGUUGGCGCUGGCGCUGUGUUCAGGCGCCACUGUGCUAUGGGCACGGCCAAGUCCGGUCGAUCCCUCAGCAAUUUUGGACGGUUGGGUGGCGGACAAGCGUACGGGGCAGCCGCUGCCGCCUCGUGCUCGGGAGUGGGAUGGACAGGUGGUGCUGGGCUUCGACCAUUACUGCGGCUGGCUGGGCGUGCCCAUUGGCCUGCACAACCGCAAGGGCUUCCUUCUUUUUCUCUCCUACUGCGGCUGCCUCUCCCUGAUUGCGAGCAGGAUCCUCUUCCACUUCCCGCAGAGCAAAUUGGCGGAGGGAGCAGCAGGCAACACGGCCACUGCGUGCCCGAGCAUGUGUGGCAGCAUCAGUCGCCUCUUCUGGUCCAACUUAUGCCUCCCGUUCGCAGACGUCACCGCCUUUGUAGACGUUGUCGUCGGCGGGCUGCUCUUUGCCUUUGCGGGAUACCACCUUCGGUUAGUGAUGCGAAACGCCACGACCCUCGAGCCCCAUUGCACGCGCUUCGACGUCGGCGCGGUCGACAACUUGGAGCAGGUGUUUGGCAAGAGCAGGUUGCUGUGGUGGCUACCUGUGGGGGGGGAGCCGACCGUGGACGGAAUCAGCUGGCCAACGAAGUAG